AGUAAUGCACUUGCUGCAGAGAAGAGAAAAAAAACCAACAUUCCAAGAAAUUUUGUUAAUACAUGCCAAUGCAGUUUUAUAUGAGAUGGGAUAGUUCCAUUCAAGAGAAACUGCAUUUUUCCAGGAUUUCUACAGCGAAGAAAACAUCUCAGACCUCACAUCCAGCAAGGGCUACAGCCUUGGCUACGAAGCUACCAACCAGUUACACUCAUUUACAAGAGAAAAACAGGCAGACAAAAGGUGACAGCAGAUAUCAUCAUGGCAUCAGCAAGUCUGCAGUUCUUUGCUUUUAUUCUGGCUUUGUUUGGUGUUUUUGGAGAUAUCACCGCCACCUUGCUACCCAACUGGAAGGUAAACGCAGAUGUUGGUUCAAAUAUCAUAACAGCUAUAACCCAGAUGCAAGGGCUUUGGAUGGACUGCACAUGGUACAGCACUGGGAUGUUUAGCUGUACCCUGAAAUACUCCAUUCUCUCUCUCCCCGUCUACAUCCAGGCUGCACGGACCACCAUGGUACUGUCUUGUAUCCUAUCAGCCUUUGGGAUCUGCAUCACUACAGUUGGAAUGAAAUGCACAAAGUUGGGAGGGGACCCUGACAGCAAGAGUCAUGCUUGUUUUGCUGGAGGAGUCUGCUUCAUUCUUGCAGGAAUCUUUGGAUUAGUACCAACAUCCUGGUACACGAGGGAAAUUAUUUCAAAUUUUCUGGACCAGACCAUUCCAGAGAGCAGUAAACAUGAACCGGGAGGAGCAGUUUAUACAGGAUUCAUUUCAGCAGCGUUUCUGCUGAUUGCAGGUGUAAUCUUCUGCACUUCCUGUUUUAAAAAGCAGCAAGGACCAUGGAUUUACCGUCCAAAGCAGCACCAUUUUCCAUCCACAGAGCAGGAGAGCAACGCAGGUUACAACCUGAAGGACUAUGUAUAAAAUAGUUACUUCUAUCUGUUGAAGCUUUUUUUGUGCUAAGUGUAGUUUGAUUCUUUCAAAGAAUGUAUAACAUAGCACUUUUCUUGCAUCCGGGUUGCAGUUAUGUUUAAGCAAGGUAUUUCAUUUAUAGCGGCAUCCACAAAAAGAAUGAAGCAGGAAACAAUGCUUAAAUCUGCUACAAAAGUACUUUGUGUUGAUUUUUCAAACCAUUCUUUUUGACUUUCCAAAUAACAUUUAUUGAAGAAAAAGGAACUAUUU